GCCCCGCCCCUGCCCCUUACUUCAGACCCUUGGCGUUGGGGCGAUCAGAACCACCAGCUGCCCCUCCGGGUCCAGCCGACACCUCGACACCUUGAAGCAAGAGCGACAUGGCAGCUCCAGCCGAGAACCUGUCCCUCGUGGUGCACGGACCUGGGAACAUUCGCUUGGAGAACUACCCAAUCCCUGAGCCAGGCCCAAAUGAGGUGCUGAUAAAGAUGCAUUCUGUGGGGAUCUGCGGCUCAGAUGUUCACUACUGGCAGCAUGGCCGAAUUGGAGACUUUGUUGUGAAAAAGCCAAUGGUGCUUGGGCAUGAAGCUGCAGGGACAGUCACAAAAGCAGGAGAGAUGGUGAAACAUCUGAAACCAGGUGACCGGGUUGCCAUUGAGCCUGGGGUUCCCCGAGAAAUAGAUGAAUUCUGCAAGACCGGCCGAUACAAUCUGACGCCAUCCAUCUUCUUCUGUGCCACACCCCCGGAUGACGGGAACCUCUGCCGAUUCUACAAGCACAACGCUGAUUUCUGCUACAAGCUUCCUGAUGGUGUCACCUUUGAAGAAGGGGCCCUGAUUGAGCCCCUCUCUGUGGGGAUCUAUGCCUGCCGGCGAGGUUCAGUUUCUCUGGGGAACAAGGUCCUUGUGUGUGGAGCUGGGCCAGUUGGGAUAGUCACUUUGCUUGUGGCCAAAGCAAUGGGAGCUGCUCAAGUGGUGGUGACUGAUCUGUCUUCCUCUCGAUUGACCAAAGCCAAGGAACUUGGAGCCGAUUUUACCAUCCAGAUCGCCAAAGAGACCCCUCAGGAAAUUGCCAAGAAAGUAGAAAGUCUGCUGGGGAGCAAGCCAGAGGUCACCAUUGAGUGCACGGGCGCAGAAUCCUCCGUCCAGACAGGCAUCUAUGCCACUCGCUCUGGGGGCACCUUGGUGAUUGUUGGAAUGGGCUCCGAGAUGACCAAUUUACCCCUAGUUCAUGCAGCCGUGCGGGAGGUGGAUAUCAAGGGCGUGUUUCGAUACUGCAACACGUGGCCGAUGGCAAUUUCCAUGCUCGCAUCGAAGACGUUGAAUGUGAAGCCUCUAGUCACCCAUAGGUUCCCUCUGGAGAAGGCUGUAGAAGCCUUUGAAACAUCCAAAAAGGGUUUGGGGCUGAAAGUUAUGAUCAAGUGUGACCCCAAUGACCAGAACCCCUAAGUGUCAAUUGGCCUCAGCUCACCCUUUUAGCAUCUAAGGGCUAGAUGGCUGGGAAGGGGAGCCCCAAUGCAGAACUUUCUUUUGAAUGAUAAAAAUAAUUAACUCAUAAUAAGAAGAGAGCCUUAGUGGAGGUGGUAUGCCUUAAAGACAGAAGUUGGGGACACCUUGGGGACCUUGUAGCCAGAAUGAGCUGCUAUACUGAGCAGAGUCUAGCACAAAGAACUGAGUCUGACGGACAGGUGCUGGAGCCUGCACCUUCUCCUAGUGCCUUCUUUGGGUGAUGAGACAAAGCAUGCC